AUGGCCAGCACCGACCAGAGUGGCCUUCCCUACGUACCUCUGGUGCCGUAUAAUGGCACCGGCGCCGCAGGAGGCGAGUCCUUAGCCGCCAACCUAAACAUCUGGUACCAGGCCGGCGACAUAACCUUCAUCAUCUUCGCCACCGCCCUUGUUUUGUUGAUGGUGCCGGGCAUAGGAUUUUUCUACUCAGGCCUCGCCCGCCGCAAAUCCGCCCUGUCCCUGCUUACCCUCCCGCUCCUCUCCCUCGCCAUAACCUCGCUGCAAUGGUUCCUCUUCGGCUACUCGCUCACCUUCUCCCCCCAAUCGUCCCGCUUCCUGGGCGACUUCUCGCGCGGCCUCUUCGCCAACACGCUCGCCGCCCCGGCCCCGGCCUCCCCCCGCGUUCCCGACCUGCUCUUCGCCGUCUACCAGGGCAUGUUCUCGUGCGUCACCGUCGCCCUGGCGACGGGCGCCGUGGCUGAAAGGGGGAGGAUGCUGCCGUGUGUGGUCUUCAUGUUUGUGUGGGCGACCUUGGUGUACGACCCCAUUGCGUGCUGGACGUGGAAUCCGAGGGGGUGGUCGAAUCGAAUGGGCGGGUUGGAUUUUGCCGGCGGCACGCCGGUGCAUAUUGCCAGUGGUGCCGCGGGGUUGGCGUAUUCCAUGAUGCUCGGAAAGAGGAGGGGCCAUGGGACGCAGGAGCUGAAUUAUAAGCCGCAUAAUGUCGGCUAUGUGGUGGUUGGGACGGUGUUUCUCUGGGUUGGGUGGUUUGGGUUCAAUGCUGGCUCGGCCGGGGCGGGCAAUUUGAGGGCCGUCAUGGCGGCCGUCGUGACGAACCUGGCCGCCGGGGUUGGCGGCGUCACGUGGUGUUUGUUGGAUUGGAGACUGGAAGGGAAGUGGUCGACGGUUGGGUUCUGUUCCGGGGUGGUGGCUGGGUUGGUGGCUAUUACCCCUGGGUCAGGUUUCGUUCCGGCAUGGGCAGCUCUCCCCACCGCGUUCCUCGGCGCGGCCUUUGCCAACUACGGCACGAAGCUCAAGUUCCUCCUCCGCAUCGACGACGCCCUCGACAUUUUCGCCGUGCACGGCAUCGGCGGGCUGGUCGGUAACAUCUGCACCGCCUUCUUCGCGGCCGACUACAUCGCCGCCCUGGACGGCGUCACGCAGAUCAAGGGCGGGUGGCUGAACCACAAUUGGGUUCAGUUGCCGAUCCAGCUGGCCGACUCCUUCACGGGCGGGUGCUACUCGUUCGUGCUGACCUGCUUGAUCUUGUUCGUCAUGAACUUGAUCCCUGGCCUGCAGCUGCGGGUUAAGGAGGAGAGCGAGAUCGUCGGCAUCGACGACGCCGAGAUUGGCGAGUUCGCCUAUGAUUACGUCGAGCUGACCAGAGAGGUGGGCAACGAUUUGGCUGCGGCCGAAACUGCAAGCAUGUACUCGGAGCAGCACUCGCAGUACCCGGCGAUCGGGAGGGAGAAGACAAGGAUGCCUGCCGUCGAUUUUCGAACGUACGGCAUGGGAUCAACAAGCAAUUAG